UCAAUCCUGUCUGGAAUCCAGAUUGUGCACUUUCCCCUUGCACUUUACCCUUUUUUCCCCUCGAAAAUAUCUACCUCAGUUUCCAAUCAUUCACACGUGACCUGAUCAAAUUUCUCCAAUCUCUGAAUCCUACCUCAGAAAUUGUUAUCCAGGGCGUUUAAUUCGUUGAAAUCGGUUCAACUUGCUUACCAAUUUAUUGCUAUGGGAGAGGAAGUCAGAAUUACCGACUUCGAUGUCAGCGGUGGAGAUGACGACGACCGAGUUUCGGAGUGGGAGGCUGGGUUGCCGAACGUCGACGACUUGCCGUCGUUAUCACAGUUGCUGAUAUCGGCGGAGAUGGCAUCGGCUUUCAGCAUCACACCGGGGCCUCACCGGAGUAUGAUUGACGUUGACCGCGCUUCUCGUAACACAAUUUCAAGUCUCCAAGGGCAAUCGCAACAAAAUCAGGUAAAUAAACAUACUGAUUUUAAGUCGUUUAGUGAUGAUAGAGAAGAAGAAAUGGUUGUGGAAGGCGAGGAGACCGUCGAUCUGACUCCAGACGGUUCCGAUUCGAGGAAACUACGGAGAGUUGAUAGCGGCGGCGCUAGUGGUGGAGCUGGAGAGGAAGCUGACUCCGCUUUGCGAGCCGAUGAUUCUUCCACCAAGUCGUUGAAAAGGAUUCGUUUGGUUUGGACGCCGCAACUGCACAAGCGAUUUGUGGAGGUUGUUGCGCAUUUAGGAGUGAAGAACGCUGUUCCUAAAACGAUUAUGCAGCUGAUGAACGUUGAAGGAUUGACGAGAGAGAAUGUCGCCAGUCAUUUACAGAAGUAUAGGCUUUAUGUAAAACGGAUGCACGGAUCAUCUAACGAAGGGCCAUCUUCUUCCGAUCCUCUGUUCGCUUCCGCUACUGUUCCCAAGAGUUUUCACGAUUCCGGUGGCAAUGGCGGCGUUGGAAAUAGAAAUGGUCACUCUCAUGUUCCCAUUCCAAUGCCAUACCCACAGCAGAUGGUGCCUUUGGCCUACCCACCGCCGCAGAUGGUACCCAAUCGAUCAGGUGGUGGCGGAAGUGCAUAUCAUCAGGGUUUCUCCCCUCAUUCACAUCCGUAUAAUAUGAUGAUGCAACCAAGAGACUGGUCUGGAAACAAUUUUGGUUCAGUUUCACCAUUUCACCAAAGUAGAACUCCUAAUGAUAACUAGAAAUUCUAUCCCCGAUUUUGGAUAAUUAUCUAAGCAAAUAGAGGUGGAAGACUUGCAAAAUCUUUUGAAGAUGAAGAGAUGGUGUAAAUGUGAUUUGGGGUUAAGUCAUGAACGUAAUCUAAAACUCUCCGGUUGCAUUGAAGAAGAAGACAACAGUUGCUGCCACAUGAUUGCCAAGGACUGUUUGGUAAUUUCCUUAGUCCUAACCCAAUAUCUACUCAAUUGCCCUCGCACCGGUUUCAAAAUUUGCGACCAUUGGUGUUCUGUGAUUUACCUCUUACUGGUCGGGUGUGGCUUGAGACCAUUAAGUGUACAAUUUAAUUUCUUAUUUUAAAUAUAAACUCAAUAACUAUGAGAAUUGUUGCCAUUGUAAUUUUAGUUUUUGGUAGAUUGAGUUAUAUGGUUAUAAACUUUGAUUAUUCCA